UCGCUGAAGAAUUCUGUUCACUCACUGCGCUGGACAUUCCGGAAUCCCUCAUGUAGACAGCACACCCACAUACACACACACGUGGCUGCCCUCACUGCACUGUGGUAAUAUAUAAGAAACUGACCAGACGGCGCAAAGUGGCCUGCCGGUCGCCUUAAGCCCUCAGGACAUACAGCCUACACGCACAUCACACAGCAGGCAGACGAGUAGAGCAUCGAUCUGUAGGGCCUAACUAAUAAAGCGUAAAUAAAGCACAAACAGGCAGACAGGCAGGCAGGCAAAGAUCACUAAGUUCGACACGUCACAGCACGGCACCAGAUGUGCAUAUCCUCUCUCUGAUACACUCUGCUCCCUUGAUCGAUCGCACAACGCACCGACUAACAAAUGACGCAAUCACUGCUUCACUGAAUGAAUGCACACAUAACACGCACACACACACACACGCCAUACCACCGUCUGUCUGCCCGCCCCCUCACGCCACAAGUCGCUUUCUCAGCUGCUUCAUCUUGGCAUCGACUUCCUCCACCCGGGCCACCUUCUGUGUCAUUGUCGUGUUGCUAUCGCUGAGGAUGGCCUCCCUCGUGUGCUGCCAGGCACUCUUGUCCAGCUCAGCCAUCAGCCGCACCGCAUCACUCAGCCGAUCCAGCUCAGCCUUGUCCGUCACAUCAUGGGCUUUGAUGGCCUCGAUACCCGCGUUGAGCGCAUCAGUCGCCUUCUGGUUGUCCGCUCGCAGCGCAUCGGUGGCCGCCUUAAUCUCCGCUUGCACAGUCUCAUUACUCGGCAGCGUAGCAACGUUGGCAGCCAGGUUGUUGUUGUCGCCUCUGAUGGCGUCGAUGUCCGUCUUCAGCGCAUAGACGCCGCGGUCGGCUCUGAGUGCGACGCUGUCGGCUUUGAUGGCCUCAAUGUCCUUCUGCAGGGCGGUGAUAUCCGACUUGAACUGCCAGGUGAGGUACAGAAUGAGGGCGAAGACGGCGACUACUGCGACGGAGCCGCAGCAAUUGAUGGGAAGAAGCUGGUCGCUGACGUGCUUGUUGACGCGCUUCUCCAGUGCUUUCAGCUGCUCCCCGGCAUCGGCGGCAUCGACGGACAGCGCAGGCAUAUAGGGCACAGGUGUUCCCUCCGUUGCGGGAGGGGCACUCGCCUCGACGUCGGGAUACGCACAGGACACACAGCCUGACAAGCAUACCCACAUCCACAAGCCUACGCAUGAAAGACAAAACGGAUGCGUGCGGAGAUCUCUGCCCUUACCUCUUCGUCGAGGGCGUUUGCUUGACAAACAAAUACAACCCAACUUGCG